AUGAGUGCCACAACCGAUCAGGAUGAACUCGCUCCGAGUCAAACACCUGGAUACAAAGUAGGUGAGAAGAAAACUCUUGACGAAUACGCUACUAUGGACUCCACCGACGAGUCCCUCAACAGAUGGAAAGCGUCACUUGGCUUGGCGGGCAAGGCAGCAGGCUCUCAAGUUGAUGGACCCAAGGUAAUUAUUUUACAUCUUGCACUUGAGGUUCCUGGGAGAGAGGAUGUAAUAUUGGACCUAUCGUCCAGAGAGGCUCUCGAAAAUGUCAAAAACACUCCCUUCGUUAUCAAAGAAGGUGUCGAAUAUCAAAUGAAAGUUAAGUUUAGAAUUCAACAUGAAGUUGUUUGUGGCCUUAAAUAUAUACAAGUCGUCAAGAGGAAAGGCAUUAAAGUCGACAAAACUGAGGAAAUGAUUGGUAGUUAUGGUCCAAACGAUGAGCCUUAUGAGAAGAAAUUUAUGGUCGAAGAAGCUCCAAGCGGUAUGUUUGCUCGUGGCCAUUAUGAAGCGAAGAGCAAAUUUAUUGAUGAUGACGGUUUUACUCAUUGUGAAUGGAACUGGUCGUUUGAUAUCAAGAAAGAUUGGGAUUAA